GGUGGACCCCGCGGACCCCUCGUGGAUCAGCCCCGCGGACUUCGUGGAGUUCAUCGAGACGCACGAGAGCCUCACCGAGGAAGGUUCUGCUACAUGAACCGUUCGGGCCCGUACGAGUUUGAGAUCGUGCCUUUCAGCAAGAUCAACCCGAACGAUUACAUGACGAUCUCCAUACGCGGCGUCACGCACUACUCGAACGGGGAGCUCGACUACCAGGAUCGGGACCUCUCCGAAUGGCAGAGGGACCAGGAGAUGUACAGGAAGAUUGUGCGGAUCGAGUUUUUCGAGAAGUAUCAGCGCUGGAAGCUUUUUUCUGUCUGGAAGAGCGCCAUGCGCAACCAGCGCGUGCAGAAGUGCUCAAGGACGCUCAACGCGCACCUCUUCGCGCUGGACAUGACGCUGCGCGACUCGCUCAUCAAAUGCCGCGCCCUGUGUGUCAAGAUCUCGGGCGUGAACCUGCUGGAGAUCAAGGAGAUGAUCGUGUACGAGCUGAGCGAGUUCGAGAAGGUGCAGGGCGAGAAGCGGAAGAGCGUGGUGAAUGAGUUGCAGGACGUGUGGGCGAAGAUCAAGGACGAGCUGCUGAUCUCCUGCACGAGGAGCCUGCAGAAGUUCCUGGAGGACAACGGCUUCGGCCAGAGGGCCCAGGACAAGGACGAGGCCAGGAGCCAGGAGGGGGACCGGGAGGAGCAGGACGGGGGCGACGCCGAGGGCAAGUCCUACACGGAGCGCGCCACCCGGCGGACCCAGUGCAGGAAGCUGACGAAGUUCAUCCGCAUGGUGCAGUAUCUCUUCAAUGACGCGAUAGCCAAGAUGGUGCGGAACACCACCGAGCUCCUGCUCGGCCUCCUGGAGGCCUUCGCGGAGGACCCAGAGGAGCUUGCCUUGGAGGACCAGGACGGCGGAGCCGGCGGGCAGCAGCAGCAGCAGAAGCCGAAGGGCCGCAAGCCCAACUUCAAGCUCGAGUGCCUGCUGGGCAGCCAGCUGGCCGGGCUCGUCUUCGAGCCCACGGGGGCCAGCAUCCGCGACAGCAUCGAGGCCUGCCUGCGGGAGGCGAUGCGCUCGGUCUCGAACAUGAGGGCCUUCCUGCAGGUGGAGGACUUCAGCCCCUUCACUGCGCCGCUCGCGGAACUGGGCGACGCCCUGCAGCUGGAGGACCAGCAGCAGGACCUGUACGGCCUCGUCGCCGGCGACCCCAAGUACAAGGAGCUGAUGCAGCUGAUCGGCGUGCGUUACGACGGCCUGUUCUCGCGUGUGGUUGGCUACACGGACGGCUUCAAGGAGUUCGUGGAGCUUUACUACGAGAACCAGGCGCUGGAAGACCCCAGGGAGACCUUCGCGGAGGCUUCGCUGGAGGAGUUCCGGGCGGCCCUCGCAAAGUACAAGCAGCAGACCGAGGACAUCCGCGCUCUCCCUCGCACGAGUGACAUCGGCCUGUUCCGGCUGGACUGCAAGCGCUUCCAGGAGACCUUGUUGCCAUCACCGAUGCGCUGCAACCAGCUGCUGUCGGAGUACAUCCCGCAGCUCGCCAUGCAAAAGCAGGCGGAGCUGAAUGCGGAGAUCAAGGCGGCGAACGACCGCUUGGCACAGUACCCCAGCAAUGUGGACGAGUAUGUCGAGUUCCAGAUCCACUUGACGAAGGUGGACAACGAUAUGCCCGAGGUGGAACGCCGGUACGUGGAGGUGCAGGAAAUGGCAGACAUAAUCAAGGAAUACUCCAUCCGCAUCGACAACGAUACGCGCAACGCCUUCAAAGACUUGGUGGCCGCGAAGAAUCAGCUGAAUGUUCAAGUCAACAGUGGCAAGGAGCGCGCAGAGAGCGACGUGACGCACUUUAGCAAGGCCCUUGAAAGCGACAUCCCAGAGUUGCACAACCGGGUGAAGCAACAGCAGGAGCGGCUUGCGAUGCCAGAUUUCAAGGAUGUCAGCAAGAUGUCUGGAGAGUCGCGCAAGGCCGUGCUCGAGCUGCUGAACGAGAUCGACGAGAACGUCAAGAACUCGAUCAGCGACGCCCAGAAGUUCAACCGAUACCAGGACGUUCUGAAGGCCGAGCCCACCAACUUCGAGAACGUGGAAGAGCUGAAGAUGGAGUUCCAAGCUCACGCCAAGCUCUGGCGCGGCAUAGACCAGUGGGAGGAUCUCAGCGUAGAGUGGAACCAAACGCCCUUCGGCACGGUGGACGUGGACAGCAUCACCAAGAAGGUCAUGGAGUUCAACAAGGUCGCCGUGCAGUCGACGAAGGCGAUGGAGGGCAACGAGGUGCCGGGGAUCUGGGCCGGCAACGUGGCGCAGUUCAAGAACACCCUCCCCGUCGUCGUCGCCCUCCGCAACAAGGCGCUGAAGGAGAGGCACUGGGAGCUGAUCACGAAGAUGAUCGGCGAGAGGCUGGACCUGGAGGACGCGGAGUUCACGCUCGGGAAGCUGCUGGAGAUGGGGGUGGACCAGCACAUGGAGGCGAUCCAGGAGGUCUCCGGCAAGGCCACCGCCGAGCAGGCCCUGGAAGAGAUGCUGGCGAAGGUGGAGAAGACCUGGUCGGAGGAGAUGCUGGUGGUUAACGCCUACAAGGACAACAAGGACGUCUUCAUCCUCGGCUCCGUGGAGGACAUUACUGUAGCGCUCGAGGACUCGCUAGUUACCAUCUCUACCAUCGCUGGCAGCCGUUUCGUCGGGCCCAUCCGCGAGAAGGUCGAGGGGUGGCAGAAGGAUCUGCUCCUCUUCCAGGAGACUCUCGACGAGUGGCUCAACGUUCAGCGGAACUGGAUGUACCUAGAGAGCAUCUUCGGCGCUGGCGACAUCAAGAAGCAGCUGCCCACUGAAAGCGCGAAGUUCAUGGAGAUAGACCAGCAGUGGCGCAACAUCAUGAAGGAGACGCACGACUACGCGGUCGCCCUGCAGGCAGCGACCAAGCCAGGCCGCCUGGAGAUCUUCAGGAACGCCAACGAGACGCUGGACCAGAUCCAGAAGCAGCUGGAGGACUACCUGCUGUCCAAGUGCGUCGCCUUCCCGCGCUUCUUCUUCCUCUCGAACGACGAGCUGCUCGAGAUCCUGUCGCAGGCCCGCAGGCCCCAGGCGGUGCAGCCGCACCUGCGCAAGUGCUUCGACAACCUCGUGAAGCUGCGCUUCGGGGACGACCAGCGCUCCACCGACAUCCUCGCGAUGAUCUCCGCCGAGGGCGAGGAGGUACCGUUCCACAAGCCGCUGAAGGCGCGAGGCAACGUCGAGAAGUGGCUCAGCGCCGAUGGGGGCGUGGAGCAGUUCAUGGUCCACAGCCUGCGGGACGUGACCAGGAAGGGCUACAAAGACUACGCGGAGAUGGAGCGGAAGGCCUGGGUGAGGGAGCAGUUCUGCCAGGUCAUGAUUACGGUGGGUUCCAUCUUCUGGACGAUGGAGACGGAGAUGGUUCUCCUCGAUGACAAGGGCAACAAGGUGCAGGGCAUGAGCAAAUGGCUGCAGAAAAACAAAGCCCAGCUGCAGGGUCUUACCGAGCUUAUCCGGGAUAAGCUGACGAAGUUGCAGCGGAAGGGUGUAGUGGCGCUCGUGACACAGGACGUCCACAACAGAGAUAUCAUCGAUGAUAUGGUCAGCGAAAAAGUCACGAACAUCAUGAAUUUCAAGUGGCAGCAGCAGCUCCGAUAUUAUUGGGACACCGAGGAGGACGACUGCAUCAUCAAGCAGGUGGAUGCCCUCAUUAAGUAUGGCCACGAGUACAUGGGCGCCCUGUCACGGCUGGUUAUCACCCCCCUUACCGACCGAUGUUGGAUGACAAUUACUGGGGCUUUGCACAUCAAGCUGGGCGCGGCUCCUGCUGGCCCCGCUGGCACCGGCAAGACAGAGUCCACGAAGGAUUUGGCUAAAGGCUUGGCGCGCCAGUGCGUGGUGUUUAACUGCAGCGACCAGAUCAACUACCAGAUGAUGGGCAAGCUAUACAGUGGUGUCGUGAGUGCCGGAGCGUGGACGUGCCUGGACGAGUUCAAUCGUAUCUCGAUCGAGGUGCUCAGCGUGGUGGCACAGCAGGUGCUCGAGAUCCGCCAGGCGCUGCUCCAGGGCGUCAGCGACUUCGUCUUCGAGAACCGCCAGCUGAAGGUGAAGAACACGUGCGGCAUCUUUAUCACGAUGAACCCUGGCUACGCGGGUCGUACCGAACUGCCCGACAACCUGAAGGUCCUCUUCCGCCCCGUGGCGAUGAUGGUGCCAGACUACACCCUUAUCGCAGAGAUCAUGCUGUACGCCGAGGGUUUCGGGGCUGCCAAGGUCCUGAGCGGCAAGUUCACGCAGCUCUACAAGCUGUCCUCGGAGCAGCUCUCUAAGCAGGACCACUACGAUUUCGGCAUGCGCGCAGUGAAGUCGGUGCUGGUCAUGGCGGGGAGCCUCAAGCGCGCAGAGCCGGAGGAGGACGAAAACAUCCUGCUCAUCCGCGCCAUGCGUGACUCCAACGUGCCGAAGUUCUUGUCCGACGACCUUCCGCUCUUCUUCGCCAUUGUGAACGACCUGUUCCCGGGGGUGGACGUGCCGUACAUCGACUACGGCGCGCUGCAGGUGGAGAUCGAGAACGCGCUGACGAAGCAGUCGCUGCAGGUCGUUGGCGCUCUCGUGGCGAAGACGAUCCAGCUGUUCGAGACUUUCAACGUGCGCUUCGGUGUCAUGCUGGUCGGGCCCACGCUUGGCGGCAAGACGACGAACUACAAGACGUUGGCCAAUGCGCUCACCAAGCUCAGCGCGGACGGCCACGGGGACGAGCGGUACAAGAAGACGUCCUACACGUGCUUCAAUCCCAAGUCUAUCACUAUGGGGGAGCUCUAUGGAGAGUUCAACGAGCUGACGCAGGAGUGGUCGGACGGGCUCGGAAGCAAGGUCAUGCGCGGGUACCAGAUGGAGGAAACCGACGAGUACAAGUGGACCAUCUUCGACGGGCCUGUGGACGCCCUUUGGAUUGAAAAUAUGAACACCGUGCUCGACGACAACAUGACCCUGUGCCUCGCGAAUGGCGAGAGGAUCAAGCUGAACUGGAACAUGCGCAUGCUGUUCGAGGUCGAAGAUCUCAAGGUGGCGUCACCGGCCACCGUGUCGCGCUGUGGCAUGGUGUACCUCACGCCCUCUGAUCUCGGCUGGAAGCCCUAUGUGGAGACGUGGACAGCGUCCUUGCCCGAGGCGCCUUUCACGCCGAAGUGCAAGGAGGUGCUGCGCAACAUGUUCGACACCUACGUCGACAAGGGUCUGGAGUUUUUGCGGAAGCACGGUUCGGAGCCGGUGGUCACAGAGGACUCCCAGCUGGUCAUCUCACUCUGCUUGUUGCUCCAGGCCCUCUUCAACGAGAACGCCGCGACCGCCAACAGCUGCGCCGCGAAGGACGCGCUGUCGGAGGAGACGCCGCUGAAGCCGCGGAGCAUGUCGGCGAUGGAGGCUGGGGAGUUCGAGAAAUUGCUGAUGCCUGCCUUUUGCUUCGCCAUGACGUGGACGGUGGCGGGAAGCUGCGAUGCGAAGACGCGCAAGAUGUUCGAGCGCGAGAUGGAGAGCUGGUUCCCGAACGUGAGCAUGCCGCGUGGUGGCGGCCCUUACGAUGGCUACAUCGACUUCCACGAGGGCCCCAAGUACAAGAAUUGGUCAAAUCUGGUGCCACAGUUUGUGUUCGAUGAGGGCGUGUCAUACUUCCAGAUGCUGGUGCCGAACCCCGACACCGUCCGCUUCUCCUACGUCAUCGACAGGAUGCUCGGUAUUCAGGCUUCAGUGUUCCUCACAGGGAACUCUGGUGUUGGCAAGAGCGUCAACCUGGCCAACUUGCUGGAGAAGAUGAAGGAGCUUGCUGGGGUUGUGCCCGUCUUCAUGACCUUCAGCGCGCAGACGAAGGCCAUAGACACGCAGCUCACAAUCGAGGGCAAGCUCGAGCGCAAGAGGAAGACACUUCUAGGGGCUCCUGUGAACAAGACGGUCGUGAUCCUCAUCGACGACGUGAACAUGCCCCUGGUCGAGGAGUACGGGGCCCAGCCGCCCGUCGAGCUGCUCAGGCAGUUCCAGGACCUGCGGGGCUUCUUCGACCGCAAGAAGCACGACUGGAAGGAGAUCGAGAACACCACGCUGCUGCUCUGCGCCGCGCCCCCUGGCGGCGGCCGCAACAGCAUGACUGCGCGCUUCACGCGGCACUCGCUGGUGCUCUGCAUGCCCCCGACGAGCGAGGAGGCCAUGACCACGAUUUUCGGCUCCAUCAUAAACGGCUUCCUGACGAGGUUCAAGCAGGAGGUUCAGUCCCUGGGCAAUGCCGCCGUGGGUGGCACUAUCGACCUCUACAACAAGUGCGGGGACGAGCUGCUCCCCACGCCGACCCGGCCGCACUACACCUUCAAUCUGCGAGACGUGUCCAAGGUGUUCCAAGGUCUUUUGAUGGUCAAGCCGAUGCAUGUGCCCAGCGCAGAGUCGUUCACGCGGCUGUGGUACCACGAGGUGUGCCGCGUUUUCUGCGACCGCCUGAUCAGCGAGGGGGACAAGGCGUGGUUCCAGAAAGCCAUAGGCGAGCAGCUCAAGUCGAGGUUCCGCGUGCUGGAUACGGACCCCGACGUCUGGACCCAGGUCAUGUGGUGUACCUUCCUGCGGCCCGUGGACUCCGCGGUCUAUGAGGAGGCGAAGGACCCGAACAAGGUUGCUAAAACGCUGGAGGAUGCGAACGACGAGUACAACCUGACACAUACGGCACAGAUGAACCUGGUGUUCUUCAGCGAUUGUGUGGGCCACGUCUCCCGCAUCUCGCGCGUCCUGGCGCAGCCUCGGGGCAAUCUGCUUCUCGUCGGCGUCGGGGGCAGCGGUCGCUCGAGCUGCGCGCGCCUCUGUGCCUGCAUCGGCGAAACGGCAGAGUUCGACAUCGCUCUCACGAAGGGCUAUGGCAUCGAUGCAUUCCGGGAGGACGAGAAAAAGUUCUUGAUCGCCGCUGGUGCAGGCGAGGCCAAGUCCACAAUGUUCCUGCUGAACGACACCCAGAUCAUCAACGAGACCUUCCUAGAGGACGUGAACAACAUCCUCAAUGCCGGUGAGGUCCCCAACCUCUUCCCGAACGACGAGAUCGAGCGCGUGAUCGGCGACACGCGGCCGCGCGCCAAGGAGGCCGGCUGCAGCGAGGCCAAGGAUGCCGUCUGGCAGUUCUUCGUGCAGACCGUGCGGGAGAACCUGCACAUUGUGCUCACGAUGUCGCCCGUGGGCUCCGCGCUGCGCGUCCGCAUGCGCAUGUUCCCCGCGCUGGUGAACUGCUGCACGGUGGACUGGUUCCUGCCGUGGCCCGACGAGGCCCUGCUGGGCGUGUCCUCGCGGCAGCUCGAGGGCAUGCAAGGUGUCAGCGAUGAGAUGAAGGAGUCGGUCUCGAAGGCGUGCUGCAGCGUGCACCAGCAAGUGCUCAAAACGGCGGACACGUUUGAGGAGCGCCUGCGGCGCAAGGUGUACGUUACGCCUAAGUCCUACCUGGACCUCAUCGGUCUGUACCUCGAGAUGAUCACGGAGAAGCGCGACGAGAAGGACGACCUGGCCUUGCGCCGGCUGCAGACUGGCGUGGACAAGAUCGAUGAGGCCAACGCGGUGGUCAACGGGUUGCAGGAGGAGCUGACCAAGCUGGCCCCCUUCAUCAGCCAGAAGAUCAAGGAGGCAGACGAGCUGGUCCCCGUCGUCACCGAGGAGCAGUCGAAGGCGGAGGCCAUCAAGGCGAAGGUAAUGGCCGAGGAGGCCGUGGUGCGCAAGCAGGCGGAGGAGGUGGCUGCCGUCCAGGCAGACGCACAGCGAGACCUGGACGUGGCGAUGCCGGCCCUCGAGAACGCACUCAAGUCGCUGGACUCUCUGGACAAGAAAGACAUCACUGAGAUCAAGGGCUUCACCAAGCCACCCCCGCUCGUGGUGAUGACGCUGGAGGCUGUGUGCACGCUGCUGCAGGAGAAGACAGACUGGGACACCGCCAAGAAGGUGAUGACCGACGCGAAGUUCUUGGAUCGACUGAAGACCUUCGACAAGGACAACAUUCCACCAAAGGUGCUGAAAACUCUGGAGAAGUACGUCACGAAGCCAGAAUACACCCCAGACCAGGUGGGAAGACAGAGCACGGCAGCGAAGAGCCUCUGCAUGUGGUCCCACGCGAUGGACACCUACUCGAAGGUCGCCAAGGAGGUGGAGCCCAAGAGGCAGAAGGUGGCCAAGCUCAACGAGACGCUGGAGGCGGCGAACAAGGACCUGGCGGAGAAGAUGAGGAGCCUGAAGGAGGUCGAGGACCAGGUGGCGGCACUGAAGAAGAAGCUGAAGGACACCAACGACGAGAAGGAGCGGCUGCAGAACGAGGCCGCGCUCACCAAGGCCCGGCUGCAGCGCGCCGACAUCCUCACGGUCGGCCUGGCCGACGAGGGCAUCCGCUGGCGAGGGACGGUGGAGACCAUCCGUCAGGACAUCAUCAACCUCACCGGCGACGUGUUCUUGUCGUCCGCCGCGAUCUCCUACUACGGGCCCUUCACCGGCGUGUACCGGGCCGAGAUCGUGGACGCGUGGCUGAAGGCCGUGAAGGACGUCGGCAUCCCCUGCGGGGACUCCUUCGACCUCAGGCAGACGAUGGGCAACCCCGUGGAGAUCCGGGACUGGAACCUGCAGGGCCUGCCCACGGACGGCGUGUCGAUCAACAACGGCGUCAUGGUCGUCCGAGGCAAGCGGUGGCCGCUGAUGAUCGACCCGCAGGCGCAGGGCAACAAGUGGAUCAAGAAGAAGGAGGGCAAGGACCUGAAGGGGGAGGGCGACCCACUGGAGGCCAUCAAGAUGUCCAACCCCAAGAUGCUGCUGAUCCUCGAGGGCUGCAUCCGCACCGGCGCCCCGCUGCUGAUGGAGGACGUGGAGGAGACGCUGGACCCCGCCCUGGAGCCGGUUCUGCUCAAGGCGCUGUACGACAACAACGGGCGUCUGCAGAUCAAGCUUGGCGAUCAGGUGUGCAUCAAGGUCACAGUCAUCAAUUUCACGGUCACGUUCGACGGCCUGGAGGAGCAGUUGCUCAACGAGGUGGUGUCCAAGGAGAUCCCAGACACGCUGCACAAGCGGACGGAGCUGAUGCUCCAGUUGGCCGCCGACAAGAAGACCCUAAAGCAGCUCGAGGACAAGAUCCUGAAGCUGCUCUCCGAGUCCAGCGGCAACAUCCUGGACGACGAGGUGCUGAUCGAUACGCUGAAGGAAUCGAAGGAGACCUCGCAGGCCGUCAAUGUGCGCGUGAAGGAAGCCGAGGCGGCCGGCUGGGGCCCGGUGGCCGCCGUCGAGAUCGACAUCGCGUGCAAGGAAUACACCGAGGUGGCGACGGCAGGCAGCAUCCUCUACUUUGUGAUCGCGGACCUCUCCAACAUCAACCCGAUGUACCAGUUCAGCCUGUUCUACUUCGUGCGCCUGUUCAACAGGUGCAUCGACAUGGCGCAGAAGAGCGACGAGAUCGACGUGCGCAUGCAGUACCUCAAGCGCAGCAUCAUCCAGAGCAUCUUCAUCAAUGUGUGCCGCGGCCUGUUCGAGGACGACAAGCUCACCUUCUCCUUCAUCAUCGCGAGCGCCUUCCAGAGGCACACCGGGGAGGUGACCAACGCCGAGUGGUCACUGCUGCUGCGCGGGGUGGGUUUGUUGGACAUGUCGCAGAAGCCCGCCAACCCGGACCCGGACUGGCUCACAGAGAAGCAGGACGCCCUGCACCCGCCCCC